AUGGGGAAACCAUCCCCUCUGCUCUCAGUAGCAAUUUACGGACUUGGAGCGAGUGCCUUAAAGAACGGUCUGGCUUUGACACCACAAUUGGGCUGGAACUCAUGGAACUCUUUUGGGUGCAAUAUCAAUCAAGACGUCAUUCUUGACGCGGCGAAAAAGAUUAUCUCACUUGGAUUCAAAGAUCUAGGGUAUGAGUACAUCAACUUGGACGAUUGCUGGUCCUCUGGAAGGAACUCAUCCGGCUACCUGGUCGCCGAUCAGGAAAGAUUCCCGGAUGGAAUAUCAGGUCUGGCGGAAAAGGUCCAUAAUAUGGGCUUAAAAGUCGGUAUCUACUCAAGCGCUGGAACGGUGACUUGUGCGAAAGAAUAUCCCGGUUCUCUGGGAUACGAGGAGAAGGACGCUGCUAUCGAUUAUCUUAAGUACGACAACUGCUUUAAUGAAGGACAGGAAGGAACACCCAAGCUCUCCUACGACCGUUACAAUGCAAUGACCAAAGCCCUCAACGCAACUGGCCGACCUAUCCUUUAUUCCAUGUGCAAUUGGGGCAUGGACACUGCUUGGAGCUUUGCACCCACCAUUGCUAAUUCUUGGCGAAUCACUGGUGAUUUGACUAAUGUCUUUGAUCGUGAGAAUGAGAAUUGCCCCUGUUCUGAACUCGGUGGACUUGACUGCAAGCAGGCUGGGGGCAAUUGCUCUAUUAUGAAUACCGUCAAUAAGGCUGUCUAUUUCCCCUCCAGAGCUUUUAAGGGUGCUUGGAAUGAUCUUGACCUGCUUCAAAUUGGAAACGGUGGUCUGACUGAUGAUGAGUCCAUGUCCCAUUUCAGUCUCUGGGCAGCCCUCAAGUCUCCCCUCAUCCUGAGCAACGUCAUGAACAAGAUUGACCCCAGCACCCUUUCCAUUCUUCAAACCCCAGCUGUACUUGCUGUUUCCCAAGACCCAAAGGGCGAACCAGCAUCCCGUAUCUGGCGGUAUCAUGUUGAAGACACCAAUGAAUACGGCAAGGGCGAGAUUCAAAUGUACUCCGGCAAUCUCAGUGGAGGUGACAAGCUUGUUCUCCUCUUGAAUGCUGGAUCAAAGGACCGAGAGAUGAAUGCCACCCUUGUGGAUAUUUUCUGGGCAGAUGGGGCAGCCGGCAGUGCAACAGAGAUCAAGCAGGGUUGGGAUAUCUAUGAUCUGUGGGCGGAUCGAAUGAGCCAUGAACAGGCAAAUGCGAUUAUCCACAACAAUGGCACUAUGGCAGCUUCGAAUAACACGUCUUUGUCGUUCAAUAUGACUGAGAUGGGGGCUCAAAGCAAGUUUAUUCCCAAGUGCCACCAUCGUCUUCACGGGAAUUGA